AUGGCUUGUACUUGCCCAGGUAGGGUUCACCCAGGUAUUGCCAUGAUAUUUGUUCAGAUUGUGUUUGGAGGGAUCAAUAUUGUCUACAAGUUGGUCAUCAAUGAUGGCAUGAGCAUGAGGGUAGCAGUUGCAUAUCGCUUGCUUUUUGGCGCUGCCUUCUUGUGUCCUAUUGCUCUCAUUGUAGAAAGGAACAAGAGACCAAAGCUGACAUGGGUUGUCUUCAUUCAGAUAUUUCUCGUUGCAUUGGUUGGGGGAUCAAUUUACCACAAUUUGUACCUAGCAAGCUUAAAUUUAACAUCCAUGACAUUCGCUGCAGCUAUGUACAAUCUUAGUCCAGCAUUUACCUAUAUAGUGGCCCUCUUUUUCAGGAUGGAAACUUUCUCACUCGAUAAUGCAAGGGGGAUAGCAAAGGUGGCAGGGACUGCAAUAUGCAUAGGAGGUGCAAUGCUGCUUACAUUUUACAAAGGCACCGACAUCAACAUCUGGCACACCAAAAUCAAUCUCUUGAAACAUCACCAGAACACUGUAGGAUCAACAAAACAACAAGUUAUGGGCAUGGCAAUUGCUCUGAUUGCUUGUGUGUUCUAUGCUUUUUGGGUAAUACUUCAGGCGAAGAUUAAUAAGAAUUACCCAUGCUUCUACUCCAGCACAGCUUUGAUGAGUUUGAUGGGAUCAAUUCAAGCUAUUAUUUAUGCACUUUGCUUUGAUAGGAAAUGGUCUGACUGGAAGCUUGGUUGGAAUAUUCGCCUCAUUUCUGUCAUUUAUUUGGGAACUUUAGCGUCUGGGCUGAAUAUCACUUUGAUGGCAUGGUGCAUAGCUAAAAGAGGCCCUCUAUUUGUUGCUAUCUACAAUCCCUUGAUGCUUUUGUAUGCUGGGGGAGUGUUGAUCAUAGCUGGAUUAUACACAGUUUUGUGGGGAAAAAGUAAAAAUUCGAGGAACAAAAAUCAACUUGCAGUUUUGCCAAACAAUUCUGAUCAGGAAUCAUCAGGAGUUGCUGUUUCCCCUCGAUCUAAUGUCAAUAAAGACAGUGCUGUUUAG